GGCGGAAGUGACGUUAACAACGCGCGCCAGGAGUUCUGUAGGGUCGGGAAGGGUCGCCGUAACGGGCGCCUCGGCCGUUUGCGGCGUAACUUCGUUUUCGCCGACCGGUAGUUGUCUCUGCAGUGACUCCAGCAUCACUGUUUCUUGGUGUGCAUGAAGAUAACCCAGAGAGCUGAGGAAGUCGCUAAGAGUGUGCUGGGGAUGCUCGAGGGAAAGACUGAAUGCUGAGGUGAUUCCCAGUCCAAAGGUUUUUGAUUUGCCGAGAAGAAAGUGAACCUCAUGGAUCAGAACAACAGCCUCCCACCUUAUGCCCAGGGCCUGGCCUCCCCUCAGGGUGCCAUGACUCCUGGAAUCCCUAUCUUUAGUCCGAUGAUGCCGUAUGGCACAGGACUGACUCCACAGCCUAUUCAGAGCAGCAACAGUCUGUCUAUUUUGGAAGAACAGCAAAGGCAGCAGCAGCAGCAGCAGCAGCAGCAGCAGCAACAGCAGCAGCAGCAACAGCAGCAGCAGCAACAGCAGCAGCAGCAGCAGCAGCAGGCGGCAGUGGCAGCCGCUCAGCAGUCGACCUCCCAGCAGGCGACCCAGGGGGCCUCCGGCCAGACACCACAGCUUUUCCACUCACAGACUCUUACGACCGCACCCUUGCCGGGCACCACUCCCCUGUAUCCCUCCCCCAUGACUCCCAUGACCCCCAUUACCCCUGCCACACCAGCCUCGGAGAGCUCUGGGAUUGUGCCGCAGCUGCAAAAUAUUGUAUCCACAGUGAAUCUUGGUUGUAAACUUGACCUAAAGACCAUUGCACUUCGUGCCCGGAAUGCUGAAUAUAAUCCCAAGCGGUUUGCUGCUGUAAUCAUGAGAAUAAGAGAGCCCCGGACCACUGCACUGAUAUUCAGUUCUGGGAAGAUGGUGUGCACAGGAGCCAAGAGUGAAGAACAGUCCAGACUAGCAGCAAGAAAAUAUGCCAGGGUUGUACAGAAGUUGGGUUUUCCAGCUAAGUUCUUGGACUUCAAGAUUCAGAACAUGGUGGGGAGCUGUGAUGUGAAGUUCCCUAUAAGGUUAGAAGGCCUUGUGCUUACCCACCAACAGUUCAGUAGUUAUGAGCCAGAGUUAUUUCCUGGUUUAAUCUACAGAAUGAUCAAACCGAGAAUUGUUCUCCUUAUUUUUGUUUCUGGAAAAGUUGUAUUAACAGGUGCUAAAGUCAGAGCAGAAAUUUAUGAAGCCUUUGAGAACAUCUACCCUAUUCUAAAGGGUUUCAGGAAGACAACGUAAUGGCUGUCAUGUACUCCUGCCUCCCCCACCCACUUGUUUUUUUUUAAAACAAAUCAGUUCUGGUACAUUUAGUGGUGUUGUGGACGGCCCCAUGUGAUGAGAGGAUGGAUGUCCAGUUGUAGGUUGCAGCACGAGGUGAAGCUCCCCUGCAUGUGUACCCCAUAGGGAUGCCAGGAAGGGAGUAUUAUUUCUGCACAGAGAACACCGAAGUGUUACUGUAAGUUGCUUGAACUGUGCUGCUAUUUGGGCAGCGCUGCCCGUUUAUUUAUAUUUAGAUUUUAAACACUUACUGCUGUUGACAAGUUGGUUUAAGGGACAAAACUUUAAGUGUUAAAGCCACCUCAACAAUCGUUUGGACUUUAUUUUGUUUAAUUUCUUCCCCAUAAACCACAGUUUUUAUAUUUCUACCAGAAAAGUAAAAAUCUUUUUAAAAAGUGUUGUUUUCUAAUUUGUAACAACUCCUGUGGGUUAUUUUUGAGCCACAUUCCGCCUUUCCAGUAUUGCAGGACAGGAUAGAAACGUAUUAAUGAAAACAAAUGGCUGUACAUAUUUUUCUUCCUUCAGAGUACUCUGUACAAUAAAUGCUGUUUAUAAAAGUGUUAGAUUGAUGUUA